UCGAGUGAAUCCGGAAAAGCUAAAGCUUCAAAAAACCACAUUAAUUUCCAUCAUGAAAGCCACUCUGUUCUGUGUUGCUUUGGCUACUAUCUUGGCCAUUGGUCAGUGCGAUCCUGACUUCCGGCAGAUCAUGCAGCAAUGCAUGGCCUCCACUCAGGUGACGGAGGCUGAUCUCAAGGAUUUCAUGGCCAGUGGCAUGCAGGGCAGUGCCAAGGAGAACCUCAAAUGUUACACCAAGUGCCUGAUGGAGAAGCAGGGACAUCUUGUCAAUGGCCAGUUCAAUGCUCAGGCUUUGCUGGAUACUCUGAAGAAUGUGCCGCAAAUCCAGGACAAGAUGGAUGAGAUCACCUCGGGCGUGAAUGCCUGCAAGGACAUGAAGGGUACCAAUGACUGUGACACGGCCUUCAAGAUCACCAUGUGCCUGAAGGAGCACAAGGCCAUGCCGGGACAUCACUAAGUCAAUUAUACUGACAAUUGAUAUCUUAUUAAACGAUAAAGUCAGGUUGGACCCACUCAGGUGAAAUGUUGUGAAAUAAAUCUGUUCAAGUUGCAUUAAAGCAUAA